CGUAGCGCAGAGGUUAGCAUGCCCGCCUAUGACGCUGAACGCCUGGAUUCGAAUUCGAAUGACGAAACCAUCAGAAAAAUUUUUCAGCGGUGGUUUUCCUCUCCUAAUGCUGGUAACAUAUGUGAGUUUGUGAUUGCUCUUGCCUUGGUUGCCGCCGCCAGUGCUGCUGUGGUUGUCCCUGCUGCACCUGUUUUGGCCAAAACUGUCGAACUUGAGGAAUUCGAUCCCCAUCCUCAGUACAAAUACGGCUACGAUGUCCAGGAUACUCUGUCCGGUGACUCAAAGGGUCAUGUGGAGGAACGUGAUGGUGAUGUGGUGCGCGGUGAAUACUCCUUGGUCGAUCCUGAUGGUUUGAGACGCACCGUCACCUACACUGCUGAUCCUGUCAAUGGUUUCAAUGCUGUUGUUCGCCGAGAACCUCUUGCAGUCGCUGCCCCUGUUGUGGCUGCUGCUCCCGUGGUUAAGGCAGCCCCAGUUGUAGCUGCUGCACCCGCUCCAGUUGUUGCUGCUGCCCCUGCCCCUGUUGUGGCUGCUGCUCCCAUAGUCAAAGCUGCCCGCGUCGUAGCUGCUCCUGCCCCCGUUUUAAGAACUGCUCCUUUUGUUGCUGCCGCUCCCGUAGCCCCAGUUGUAAGAACAGCUCCAUUGGUAGCCUCUCCAUUCGUAGCCCCAGCAGCCUAUGCUGUGAGACAUCUUUAA